UGUAAGGGGACAAAGAGCCGCUGCUUUAGACAUCAUCCACUCCAACAGGUUGGAAACUUCAAACCUGCUCCUUGACAUAAGCUGUUUUUCUUCUCCUUCAUCUGUGAAAAUAAGUGCCUGUGUGGAGUUUUUAUUCUUACCCUGCAUCAUGUUGCACCCAGUUUCCAUCCACUGUCUCCUGUCCAUUUUGCUGUGUAUGUGGGCGCUGUGCCAUGCCCAGUCAGACUCCAGCACCCCGGUAAUCCAGCUACGACUGGCGGGGGAAAAGCGGAAGCACUAUGAAGGUCGUGUGGAAGUGUACUACAACGGAGAGUGGGGGACGGUGUGCGAUGACGACUUCUCCAUCUACGCUGCCCAGGUGGUGUGCAGACAGCUGGGCUACCUAGACGCUGUGUCCUGGCACCCCUCAUCCAAAUAUGGAAGAGGAGAAGGACGUAUCUGGCUUGACAACGUCCACUGCAGCGGUAGAGAGAGCAGCCUGGCUCAGUGCGAGUCCAACGGCUUUGGAGUGUCAGACUGCAAACACACAGAAGAUGUCGGGGUGGUGUGCUCCCAGAAACGCAUCCCAGGCUUCAGGUUCAUCAACACUCUGGCCAACAGUGUGGAGACUGCGAACGUGCAGGUGGAGGAUAUAAGGAUUAGGGCCACUUACUCCCACAGGAAGCGGAUCCCCAUCACCGAGGGCUUUGUUGAGGUGAAAGAUGGAGGCAAGUGGAGACAGAUCUGUAACGAGGGCUGGACUGAGAUGAACACCAGGGUCGUCUGUGGCAUGUACGGCUUCCCUGGGGAGAAAGGCUACAACACCCGUGCUUACAAGUUGCUGGCCAAACGCCGUAGGAAGAACUACUGGGGUCACUCUGUCAACUGCACGGGCAAUGAGGCCGAACUGUCCGACUGUAAGCUGGGCCGAGAGGUCGAGCUGAAGGGCAACAGGACCUGUGAGCAGGGCAUGCCUGUCGUGAUCAGCUGUAUACCCGGACGGGCCUUUGCUCCCAGUGUCAGCGCUGGCUUCAGGAAGGCCUACAGGGUGGAGCAACCCCUGGUACGUCUGAGAGGCGGGGCUAUGAUAGGAGAAGGUCGAGUAGAGGUUUUGAAGAACGGCGAGUGGGGAACGGUGUGUGAUGACAACUGGAACAUUCGAGCAGCCACCGUGGUGUGUCGAGAGCUGGGAUUUGGCAGUGCCAAAGAGGCCCUGACUGGCGGCCAGCUGGGACAAGGGAUCGGGCCGGUCCAUAUGAACGAAGUGGAGUGCUCUGGGUUUGAAAAGUCCCUGACUGAGUGCUUCUUCAACCGCGACGUACUGGGCUGCAGCCACGAGGAAGAUGCAGCGGUCAGGUGUAACGUUCCUGCCAUGGGCUUUCACACCAGACUACGUCUAAGUGGUGGCCGUAACCCCUACGAAGGCCGUGUGGAGGUGCUGGGGGAGAGGAACGGCUCUCUGGUGUGGGGCACAGUGUGCAGUGACAGCUGGGGCACCAUGGAGGCCAUGGUGGUGUGCAGACAGCUGGGCCUGGGCUUUGCCAGCAACGCCUUCCAGGAAACGUGGUACUGGCAGGGAGAUUCAUCGGCUGAUGCUGUAGUGAUGAGCGGAGUGAGGUGUUCGGGGACUGAGCUGACUCUGGAUCAGUGUCUCCACCAUGGAAAACACAUCCACUGUCCCAGAGGAGGUGGACGCUUCGCUGCCGGGGUCUCCUGCACUGAGACGGCCCCAGACUUGGUUCUCAAUGCCCAGGUAGUGGAGCAGACCACCUACCUGGAGGACAGGCCCAUGUAUGCUCUGCAGUGCGCCCAGGAGGAGAACUGUCUGUCCAGUAGCGCUAAGGGGGCCGACACCAACUCCUACCGCCGCCUCCUCCGCUUCUCCUCCCAGAUCCACAACAACGGCCGCUCAGACUUCAGGCCACGGGCGGGACACCAAUCCUGGAUUUGGCAUGAAUGCCACAGACAUUUCCACAGCAUGGAGGUUUUCACCCACUAUGACUUGCUGAGUCUGAACGGCACCAAAGUGGCCGAGGGACACAAGGCCAGCUUCUGUUUGGAGGACACCUACUGUGAUGAGGGUAUUCAGAAGACGUACGUAUGUGCCAACUUUGGGUCACAGGGCAUCACAGUUGGCUGCUGGGAUACCUACAGGCAUGACAUCGACUGUCAGUGGAUUGACGUGACAGAUGUGAAGCCUGGAGACUACAUCUUCCAGGUUGUGAUAAAUCCCAACUAUGAAGUCGCAGAAUCAGAUUACACCAACAAUAUCAUGAAGUGCCGCUGUCGAUACGAUGGAAACCGGAUAUGGACGUACAACUGUCAUAUAGGUGGCUCGCUGAGCUCAGAGACUGAGGAAACUUUCCCUGGGUUGCUGACCAACCAGCUUUCACACAGGUAGAUCUCAAGACAGGCAACACAGACGGACAGACUUUGAAGGAGCAUGUACACAAAUAUGACAACCACUAGAGGGGGCUGCAGCUGUGCUGGAUUGUUGCGUAAGCCCAACUGGCACAACAGACAAUUAAUGAAUGAAUGAAUGUGUGAGUGAACAAAUGAACCGCUUGCUUACCAUUUCCUUUAUUUGUAUUUGACCUACAAAAAGUGCUCUUAUGUCUUGAGUCAACACAUUCUGCCCUUGAAUAUGGUGCUCGGUUGCCAUGGAUAUGUAGUUUCUGACCUGGUGCUUAUUAGGAGUGUUGUGAGUGGUUUGCAACCAAAUAACUUCUUGAAAUAAAUAUGCAACAGUUGCUAUUCAUGCCAAAUACUCAAGCUAAAAUGUUCCUAUGAGAUCAGACUUUUAACCUGAUCAUCUAAAUUUGAUUGGGUUGGAUUUAUCUGUUCUGGUGCUAAAUCUACUAUGGUCCUUGCAUUUUAUAACUUCACAAAAAAUGGUCCUGAACUUAAUGGUGAAUGUAUAAGUCACACAUAUGCAACUAUGGAACAGGACAGUCAAUAGCUUAAACCAAAAACUGUAAGUGAAAACACAAGUAGGCUACUAUAUAAUUUAAAGUGACAGGCCAUAAUCUAUGGCAACAACACAACUGACAUUUACCACAUGGCAAACAAUUUAUGUUGUUAUCAGGGGGGAAUUUAACUGAAGCAAUGUUUAAAUCAAAAAUGUCAGUAUUUCUUUUAAUCUGGGAUGGGCACAAUUGCAAUAUAUGCUUCCAAAAGUUGGAUGCACACAACAGAAUUUUUACUUGUGCUGAAUGUGGAGGGGUUAUCAACAAAAGCUGCUGCUUGGAUUUUUGUGUUGCAGUCGAUCUGACAAUCUGUAAGGACUUCAGAGUCAUGUAGUCAAAAUGAAGCUGAGAGGAGUCUGCAGUAUUGGAACAUAUCUGAAAAUUGUCUUGCUUUUUUUCUCUCACAGUUUUGUACCAGACACCUUUGGAAAUGUCUGAUUUUUUUGUGCUUUUAAAAGGUUAAGUAAUUACGUAUUUCUAUCUUUGUAAUCUGCAUAUUCCCCUCAGCUUCUUUUUCAAAGUCUGCCUUUUGUUAAAUUAUUACAGUCAGGGACUUCUAUACCAUCUCUUGGACGUACUGUAAAAGCUGCAAUUGUAUGUGAAAAUUCCUGUGCAUUAUUUUGUAAAUUUGUUUUUGUGAUAUAGCAACUCCA